CGCCCUGCCGAAUUUGGGAUCGAUCCCGCGCGUUCCUUCGCUCGCUGGCUCGAUCGUUGGAGAGACGACAAAGAAAAGGCUGUAGAGAUAAAUGAGACGGAAUGCGAUGCAAACUCACCAAACGCGCGUGCUGCGUAUCGUAUCGAUCGAUCGAUCGAUAUAAUGCGCGCCGAUCAAUGCGUGAGAUUACGUACAGCUCAGUUUCCCGAUCGAUCGAGCAGCUACCAGCGGGGACGCUCCGAUCGAUCGAUCCUCUUCUUAACCACCACGCGCGCGGCGGCGUUGGGUUUGGGUUUGGGAUCGAUCGGAAGGUAGCGUAGGAUGUGGCGAUCCAUGGACAUCGGCGGCGGCGGCGGCGGAGGAGGAGGAGGGAGAGGGGUUGAGCUGGCCGUCGCCAGUGGGAAGAAGAGGAAGGCUAGCGGCGGCGGGGACGGCGCCGCCGACAGGGUGGUGAUGAUGAGGAGGGAGCCGCGGCGGGGGCUCGGCGUGGCGGAGCUGGAGAGGAUCAGGGUGCAGCUCGAGGCGGCGCAGAGCCUCUUCAUGAUCCCGCCCUCGCUGUCGUCGUCCUCGUCGGCGCUGGCUACGCCGCCGCCGCCGUCGUACCUGCCGCCGGGCGCCGUGCGGUACGGCCAACAACAACAAUACGUUGGAAAUGGAUCAGGUGCGCAGAGAAACCAUCACCGUUUCACUCCGUACUACGCCUCGUCGCCAUUGCCAUCGCCACAGCAGCAGCAAUACUACGCUACUGCUGCUACUACUACUAACGACGCCUUAACCAGGCACGUGUUCUCGCCUUGA